AUGGAGAAACAACACACGACGUCUGUCGAGGUGCUAGACCGAUUCAGCUUAUUUUCCUCACAGACCCUCAAAGCAACCACUUCACCAACAUGGGACGGUCUCUUCCCUGACGGCAACCUAGACCACAUCUUCCAAGAGACCCAAAAGACACGACCAGACCCAUCCCGUCCAAUCUGGUGGUUUGAUAUUCGAGAUGCAACCGAUGCAGACGUCGGUCUCAUCUCACAGGCCCUUUCCAUCCACCCGCUCACAGCAGAGGACAUCGCCAUUCGGGAACCCCGCGAGAAAGUCGAGGUCUUCAAAAACUACUACCUCAUCUCAUUCCAGACUAUCGUCGACAACUAUAAAAGGGAGUGCGAGAAGCCCGAUAUCCCAGCUACAGCUGAGAUAUACAUUCUCGUCUUCCAGUAUGGCGUCGUGACCUUCUCGCCAAGCGGAUGCAAGCACGUUGAUCGGGUUCGUGAUCGAGUGCGCAAAAUGCACGAUUGGACUAUUCUCUCAAGCGACUGGAUCUGCUACGCACUGAUGUACGUCCGUUCCGUCCACUCUCUAGAAGCAACGACUGACAAGCCCAGCGACGACAUCGUCGACAGCUUCGAGCCAUUUACUCGCUCCGCGGAAAUAGAAUCCGAAGCAAUAGAAGACCAAGUAUAUUGUGCACGUGUCGACGACGUGAAAACCCUCAUCCCACAAGUCAACGUUCUACGCAAGAAAAUCACCCACAUUAUUCGCUGUCUCCAUGGUAAAGUGGAUGUACUCAAUGGCUUUGUCAAACGCUGCCAAUCACCUGAUAAGCCUCCCGUCUUCCCAGACGGCGAUUUACUGCUUUAUCUCGGCGACGUGCAAGAUCAUCUCAUCACGACGCUGUCGACUCUGAGUCACAUUGAUGAGAUUAUCGGACGCAGUCAGGCGAAUUCGCUGGCACAGCUCAGUGCGACCAAUCUUAGGGUCAGCUAUAAUAUCAACUCAGUCAUGAGUAAGGUUACAGUGUUAGCGACCAUGUUUGUUCCCUGUCAUCUUGUGACGGGGAUGUUCGGAAUGAACGUGAACGUGCCCGGCCAGGACACUGCAGGAUUGUCGUGGUUUUUUGGGAUCGUUGGGGCUUUUGUGGCCUUUAUGAUUGUCUGUAUGGCUGUUGCGGCGAAGUUGAGGCUUCUAUGA